AUGAUUUCUACAACACUUUUUACUUUAGAAAGCUUCCCCACAUGGGAGAACCUUUCAUUAUCAAACUUGGUACGAUUUUUAUCAUUGUAUUAUUAUCGUUUUAAUGAUUCGGCAUUAACAAAUUCCAUAUUAUCAAUUAUAUUAAUUUUGAUUAUCCCAGUUGUAUUUAUGAUUUUAUUACCUCCUUUUGUUAAAAAUAAAUUACUAAAAAGUAAUAAAACAAUUUGUUUUUCAUUAGGUACAUUAUUGGGUGAAUUUUUUUGUCAUUUAUUGCCCGAGUUAUUUUCUAGUGCAUUAAAUGGUGUCAGUACGGAUUUACAUAGUCAUGGUCAUAACCAUGAAGGUCAUAGUCACCAACAAGAUACUAUAAAGGAUCAAGUUUUACAAGUUGUUCAACAACCAUCUGAAAAUGUUUCGCUAUAUGUGGGAAUUUGGUGUUUAAUUGGAUUUUUAGUAUUUUAUUUCAUGGAUAAAUUGCUUGCACAUUUUAUGGAAAACAAAGAUGGAAAUAGUGACACGGAAACACAUGCUGGUCAUUCGCAUAGUCAUGCACAUGCAAACGAAAAAGAAGAAGUCAACACUACGGACAGUAAUAAGUGGAGUGUUAUUUAUUUAAAUAUUCUAUCUGACUUUGGACAUUGUUUAAGUGACGGUGUGUUACUAUAUUCCACUUUUGGUAAUUCCAAACUGUUAGGUAUUUCUACAACUUUGGCUAUAUUAGUACAUGAAAUUCCACAUGUUAUGGGUGAUUAUGCUUUACUAAAACAGAAAGCUGGGCUAUCUUUUAUUCAAUGUUUUAAGCAACAAUUUCUAUCUUCUUUUGGAUCGUUUAUAGGCGUUUUCAUCGGUUGGAUUGUUCAAAAUAAUAAUGGUGGCAUUUUAACCAUUAAUUUUUCUGAAUUAGGUAUUAAGACUACAAAUUCCUUUUUAAGUUUGGGCUUACAAGAAUUGACUAGUGAACAGAUUUUAUUAUCAUUAACUUGCGGUACAUUGUUUUAUAUUAUUUGUACCAAUAUACUACCUGAAAUUAACAAACCUAAAACAAUCAAAGAUUUAUUUUUGCAAAUAUUUGCUGUUGCCUUGGGCUUUAUGACAUUGAAUUUAUUUUAA